AUGUCUUCGGAAAGAGCAUGUAUGCUUUGCGGAGUCGUGUUGACCACUGCAGAGUUUACCAAGGACGGAUGCCCGAACUGUCAAGGAAUUUUUGACGAAGCAGGUGUGAGCACAAUGGAAUGUACCUCGCCCUCGUUCGAAGGCCUGGUUGGUAUGUGCAAGCCUACCAAGUCGUGGGUCGCUAAGUGGAUCAGCGUGGAUCCUUACAUACCGGGGAUGUAUGCCAUCAAGGUUGAUGGAAGAUUACCUGUCGAGGUUUCAGAUAUGUUGCCUCACUACAAACCACGGGAUGGUACUCAGGUAGAUUAA